GAAUAAUGGUUCCGCGUUAACGUUUUAACAUAACAGGAACGUUAAUGUUCUAGCUGGUAAAUGGCUUUCGUAUUAGUAAAUUAAUGUUUUAUCAGGUAUACUUCCUAGUAAGGGUAUUUAAAGGUGGUAGGUAGUGACCCUACUUUUUGCGUGAAAUGCGAAAAACAAAUACGUAAAAAAUAGCUUAGAGACUACACUGCCCUUAAAUAUUAAUUAUCCAAAAAUGAUGAAUGGCAAAAAGUAUAUUUAAUAUUUGUUUCGUCAUUCCACGUAAAAAUGUGGAGUUUCAAAUUUCCGGGGAGCACUUGAACGCGCCAAGAGAGAAGGCAGCUAGCUGCGGCAGCCAGCAGCUCUUUCACUUUACAGUAUUGUUCAUUUCUGAUAGGCUCUGUGUACUUCCGUUGGCUAAAUCUUACAUUCCCCGAGCAAACGGAGGAUUUAAACACCACAAGAUGGAGGACUUUGAAAGCAGCGACAAGGGCCGGGUGACGGUGUAUUCCAUCCAAGGCUGCCCACACUGCCUUCAGGCUAAAGCCACGCUGGCUCGCUUGGGAGUACCGUUAUACGAGGUCGAUGUCGGGAAGCAUCCGGAGCUACGGGCGAAGGUGAAGGAGCUGACAGGGCGGAGCACGGUCCCUCAGAUCUUCUUUAACAACAUUCAUAUCGGGGGCAACUCGGACCUGCAGAAUUUGGCUCCAGAGGAGCUUGACAAGCUGGUUACGAUGGUCAAGGAGGAGCCUCUUCCAGCUGAUGCUCCACCGCUACCGGAGAAUAACCAGUCAGAGGAUGCUGCUUGGGACACAGAUCAUGAGUUUGAGUGUGAGAAAGAUGAGCUGGCAGACCUGGUGGGUGACCUUAAAGAUGGCAAUGUGAUUGGCACUAACAGAAGGGGCCUGACCCUAUACAAGAAGAGCUUCUCACAUGACCAACUGCUUACCUGGCUGCAGAAAGAAAAGGGCAUGGCCAAGGCCGAGGCCUUGAACGUUGGUCAGAAAUUGUUGGCAGACAAAUACAUGGCUAUUGCACGAGGCUGCGGGCAGACGGAUGCCACUUUUGGAGCUGCCAGCGGGGACACGCUUUACAGACUGCUGGAGGAUGACCCGCAUUCGGCUCUCAACGCAGGACAGACCGCAACCUGUAGUCCCAUCAAGGCGGCGGAGCUCUCCUUGUAUUUGCGUGAGCUGAUUCUCAAGUUGUUCUCAGAUCAUCUCUCUGCUGAUGGCAAGUCUGUGGACUACAAAGGCAUGUCAGCAAGUCCUGCGUUUGAGCGCUACUGUGAGCUGGCCAUUCAGCUGCAGAGAGUGGAGCUGCUGUCGCUGUCCCGAGAGGAGAAGCUGGCCUUCUUCAUCAACAUCUACAAUGCUUUGGUCAUCCAUGGAUAUCUACGCUUGGGGGCCCCCACCAACAUGUGGCAGAGAUACAGAUUCUUCAACUAUGUCAGUUACCUGAUUGGAGGAGAAGUGUUCACCUUGCAGGAUAUUGAGAACGGCGUCCUGAGAGGGAACAGGAAAGGCGUGGCGCAGCUCCGAAGACCUUUUUCCAAAACAGAUCCCCGACUACAGGUGGCGCUACCGGAUGCCGAACCAUUGAUUCAUUUCGCCCUGAAUUGCGGUGCAAAAGGCUGCCCCCCCAUUAAGACCUACACCCCACAGGACAUCGACGGCCAGUUGCGAACGGCAGCUGAAGCGUUCUUGGAGAAUGAUGAUGCCUGUGUCGUGGAUUCCGGGAAAAAGGAAGUUCGACUCAGUCAGAUAUUCAAAUGGUACAAGGCCGACUUUGGGGGCACUGAUGAGAAGCUGCUGAAGUGGGUGCUGGAGCACAUGAGCGACUCCCCCAAGAAGACCAGCUUACAGGGGGUCAUCUCUGGCGGGAAGACUAAAGUAAGCUUCCUCCCAUAUGACUGGAGCUCCAACAGCAGCCACUGAGGACGCACUUCUCUGGUCUGCUUCUCCAAGCUGCAUACUUUUAUGCAAAAAAAACAAAAAAAAAAAGCAAAAAUCCUACUGGUGGCAGGAGACAGUUUUGCACUUUACCGUCUAAUUGUACUGCUCUAAAAAACUAUUUUUCAGGUGUUUUUGAACAAACCUUGUUCUGCAGCAAUAUGAGUCAUAGAGCAGCAUGCACGUUUUUCAACUUUAAAAAAAAUCAUCUGCAUGGUUUGUCAUAACAAGCAACUCAGGAGGCUUCCAUAAUCUUAAUUGCACAAUUCAACACUUUAGUCAUUUCCUUCAUAAUCAAUAAAGUAUAUAUGGAUAUUUUAUUAAUGCAUGUCUCAACUUCAGAAACUCACUUUAGAAAGUCCUCAUUCUUCACCCAUUGACAGCAUUUUAGUUUUUAGUUAUUUGUUUCCAGACACGGAUAAUCUAAUCAAUUAUUUCAUUAUCAGUGUGAAAUAUGGCGACUUGUUAGUCAUAUUGAUGAUUAAGAUUGGCUUAUAGGCGAGUUAUUAUGCCCGCUCAUGGGGAUGUGAUGUUUGCGAGCGAAUCAAGCCUUUUGAACGGCUCUUUUUGGUGAACAAUGAAAAGCAAUUCACAGAAGAAUUUCACGUACAUGAAGGAGUAGUGUGUAUAUGCAAGCGCAAGCCGCUUCUCAUUGUUCGCUUAAAAGAGCCAUUCAGAUGACUCGACUCGUUUGUGUACGUCACUAAUCCAUACAAGAGAACUCCAUGCAAGAAUCGUGAGCCAGUGUGGUUUGUUGAAUUUUUGACAGAAAACCUCUAAGAUUGAAGUACAGGUUUUUUGAAAAUUAUUUGAUUGGAGUCGUCAGUCGUCAGUUUUGCAGGACAAUUCAGUCCUAGUUUGUUUUUGACUCUGUUCUUUUAAACAAAUCAACGAGUCACUCUUAUACAACUGGGAGUCGGUUAUCAUAGAUAAACUAAAAGAAUGUUCCAAAGACUCAACGUGUUCAGAAACUUUACAUUUCUAAGCCACACAAGUGAACUGCAGUUUUUUUAAGAUACAAGUACAGGUUUCAUAUGAUUCCGGUCCGAUCCAAAUUGUUUGUUGGAAAUUUUUGCUAAAAUUUUGCAUCGGUUUUCAUACACAUUGUAUGGACAAGUGAGCAAAAAAAAAAACGCGUCGGGUGCUUUGCCAUGGCACUCAGUUUCACCAGACAACCUUUGACUUGAACAAGAUCUUCAACUUUUUUAAACAUUUUUGCCAAAUUUUCAUACUAGGAGUCUGUUUGUACUGUACUGUAUUGUUCUGCGGAAUCGAGUGCCCAAACAAAACAUCCUAUGCGCUGCUGUAUUGAGUGAAACUGCUUAAUAACCUGCCACAGGGCCAAAAAACAUUGCGAAAAUUUCAUAAAGGUGAGAAAUACUAUUACUUUUACUACUAUUCCAGCUCUCCAGGAUGUACGGACGUUUGACUCAACAAUAAGUUCCAUCCAUUCCCCAAUUAGAAUUAUUUCACAUUGUUUCCUGCAUAAAUACAUACAAUAAUUACGCUCUAUAAAAUUAAAUUUUUUGUUAAUAUUUUUGACUAUUGGCUGGAUUUAAUUCAUUAUUUGGAUGUACAGUAUUUCCUAUGGACCUAUUAAUAACUGUUAGGAAUGGAAUAUGUUCCCUCUGCUUUGAACAAGACAUACCAAAGACUGAUAACAGAGAGAACAUAUUCCAUUCCUAACAGUUAUUAAUGGGUCCAUAGUAAAUACUGUAAAUCCAAAUAAUCCAUUAAAUCCAUUAGGAAUGUUAGGAAUGGAAUAUGUUCGCUCUGUUAUCAACAAGUCUUUGGUAUGUCGUCUUGUUCAAAGCAGAGGGAACAUAUUCCAUUCCUAACAGUUAUUAAUGGGUCCAUAGGAAAUACUGUAAAUCCAAAUAAUCCAUUAAAUCCAUUAGGAAUGUUAGGAACGGAAUAUGUUCGCUCUGUUAUCAACAAGUCUUUGUCUUUAGUCUUUGUUCAAAGCAGAGGGAACACAUUCCAUUCCUAACAUAACGACUGCAUAAAAUACAAGUCAUUUUUAAAGACAACUUGGAAUUUGCUCUGGACGUUGACUUAAAAGAGCCUUUUAAAAGUCUUGUUAACAAACAUUACACUCGAUGCAACAAUGGUGAGUUUGAAGUGCUCUAAGUGGAAGAGUACCCUAGUACUUCAACAACACUGAUGUAAAAAGAAAGAACAUACAUGUGAAGUAAAUGAAUUACUUUUAAUUUCUUUUUUGGGCAGGGGAAAAGUAGCGAUAACUGAUUUUACUUUUUUUAAGUAGAAUGACAAACUCUCAUAAGAGUCAUAAGAGUGGUGCUCUUUUGUAGGAUUGAGAGUAAAUAUUUCUUCUACAAGCACAGAUGAUGCAGUAAAAGUACUUGCAUCUAUUGCAUGUUGCUAACUUGAAAUGUUCUUAAGACACUUUUCCACUCUUGUCUAUGUGAGAAUACCUUUUUGGAUCGUCUUCAAUUUGGUACCUGUCCAUUGUGUAAACUAUAUCCUUUCUUAUUUUAAAGGUUUUCAUGACGUUUUAACAGAUAUUGGCUUCACGCACGGGAGGCGAGAAAAGUACUCUUGCUAAUACCGGACCUUGCUAAUAUAGGAGCUAAACUUACACAAGUGUCCGUGUAAGCUAAUGUCAACUUACCUGAUAUGUUUACUCUGGUAGCAACAAAGUUCUAAAGCCGCUGUUUUUAAGUUUAUGUCUCUAUAUUCGAUUUUUAUAAAUGUCAAAUAGGGAAAUCUGGCACGGCAAGGAUGUUAGCCGCCAUGUUUACCUGCCGGAGAGCGCCCAAUAGCAUCCUGUCCGCCCAUUGGUCGGUCAGUGAAAGUCCCCCUGAUUGGUCCUCUUUUGGGCGACAGCCAUGAAAAACGCGAAAAUCGAUUGGACUGUAGGCGACGUCGCCACAUUUUUGUUUUAUCUUUAUUAUAAGUGAUGUCUUUAAAUAUGUACAGUCUCGAAACCGUUUGCUUAAUGGCCAUGAUGUGUGCAUUUUGUAGCAAACGAACAGCACCAAAGCAAUAUUAUAGCAUGUUGAAACUGGAACGCAUGCAGGAUUUAAUACAGCCUGAAGUCCUUGAAUGCACCGCCUGUACUACUGUAACCGUAAUGUUCCUACUUGUUCCCCAACACGGAAGUUGCAGGGUAAUUUCCCCUUUACAACACGUCUGAACUCUUACCUGCAUUAACCGUGUUGACCUGUUAUAUUUAAGGUUUUUCUCCAAAAAGUAGUACUUUUUUUUCGAAAGAACCCCCCUCUCAACUCCUCUCCACAAACAAUUCCACAUAUGCAACCACUUGUAGUCAACUUGGAAACAUUGCUGUGUCUUUUCUCUGGUAUGAAGAAUCUAAGAUGCAAAAAAAGUCAUAAAGCAAUAUGUUUUUGAAUGAAAUAUGCAAUGCUUAAAUAAAAGAAAUGCACUCAUCUUGCUGAUUUUUUUUUUUUAAUUUGAACAUAUUUUAGUCACUUUGUAACAAAAAUACUUUGGCGUCACUACCAUAACAAAUCCCUUUUUACAUUUGUACAUAUAAAUAAACAGUCCCGCCCCACAAAAAAUAAAUUAUUACACAAUAAGGAGCACCUUAUAGAUUUGUACACAAUCAACCAAUGGGAUCAAAACAAAAUCUUUCUUGAAAUCAUAUUCCCUAAAAGGUUGAAUACUGACUAGAUGUUGGCAUUGAUACAAAUAGUAAAUAAUAUACAUCAUAUACAUUCGUACAAAUUUCAUACAUUUUGGUGAUUGCUAGAAUAAGUUGCAUCCUAAUGUGGAAGCUCUGAAACAAAAACACUACAUAUUAAAUUCCAGAUAUUAACCCUCAGGUCAAAGGCUUUCUUGCUGCAGAGUGAUACAUGAUUCGUUGGGAAGACUGUUUAAGAGAAGACAAUUACUGCUGCUUACAUGGACUUGGAGCGAAAGGCAAGACUUAAAUCCAGGACUAGGGUUUUCCCGAUCAGAUAUCUUUAAAAAGGAUCGUAAUCAGGUAGCAUCUAAAAUCUCCGCGAUUAAAGCACUCUGAUAAAAGCAGUCCGUUCCAGACACCCAGCCCCAUGCGAUCACAACAGUGUGCUAAUGUGCGAAUAAAGUAGCAAGCUAAAGGGUUUCUUAGACUAUUCCACUAUCUGACAAUUUGAUUAGGAAGAAUCUGAUUGGAUUCAAUCUCGCAGUCAUAUCAUAAGACUAGAAUGGUCUAUGGUGAUAAAAUAAGUAAAAAGUAAAACAUGGAUUUAGGGCAAAAUAAAAAGGAAUCUGAGAAAGAAAAUAGAUUUCAUUGGGCUCUAUGGUAGCCUACUGCAUUAUACAGUAAUAACAGAGUUUUUUGUGACCUGGAAAUAUCAGAAGGGCAGCUGGCAUUGGCUCUGGCCACCCACGCUGCAAUAGAAAAUGGAUGGACAGAUUAAAAUGCAUAAGAAAGUAUAUAUUUAAUGUUAUUGUAAACACUUUGGUUUUUGGUAAUGUUUUACUUCAAAAUGUCAACAAAAAUGUUAUAGUGUUAAGAAAUGCCUGAGAGCCAGAUGUGGCCCCGGAGCCAUAAGUUCCCUACCCCUGACCCAGGUCAACUGCUUUCUGUGUCAC